GUGAGAACCAUGUGACGGGUGAGAACUUUGGUACUGUGCAGGGAUCCGAGGGGUGUGUGACUGUGUGUAUGAGGAGGUUCUGCAGACAUAGAAGAGAACAUCUGACCGUCCCAACAGCAGUCUAACCCUGAACCCCCACGCCCCCUUCCACUACCAUUCCCACCUCCAUCUCUCCCUCUCACUCACCAUGGCUGAGCCCCCGGAACCAGUGCCCUUCCAGGGGCACCCAGUCUCAGCAGCCGCAGCAGCCCCCAGCCUGGGGGAGUCCACAGACGUGGAGUGUCCCAUCUGCUACCAGGAGUACAACCAAAGCAGCAAGUGUCCUCGUAUGCUGGAGUGCCUCCACGUCUUUUGCACCGAGUGCCUCCAGAGGAUCCAGCUGUCCCCGUAUCCAACUGACCCCUCGGACCCCCAGAGCCCUCCCAGUCCCGUAAUCUCCUGCCCCCUCUGCCGCCACCCCACCACACUGGAGACAGGUGACCCCCUCACCCUGCCCUGCAACUCCCGCAUCCUGGCCCAGCUGCCGCCCAUGGCCUUCCGCAUGCCCAUAUCGGUGGCCGCCCAACUGGCCACCAUCACCCAGAGGGUUGUCCUCUCCCUGGAGGCCAGCAGGGAUUCCCGCUUCAUCAUCCUGCCCACAGUGAGCCUCCGUGUGGAGCAGAUGCACCCCAGCGAUAGUCCCCACAGCGGAGGUGGAGGCGUGGUUGAUGAGGUGGAGGUGCUGCAGCACCACAGGAGGACCCUGGUAUGUGUGCAGCUGCUGGCCUUGGUCUUCUGGGUGUUGUUUGUUGUGACCUGCGUAGUGGCGUUAGUGUUCGGGCCAAGCUUCUUCUGCAACUGAGGGGAGGAUAAGGAGUAAUACUUUUACAGUGAGGGGAAAAAAGUAUUUGAUCCCCUGCUGAUUUUGUAAG